GAUAAUGCACUAGUUGACGACUGGAUAUUCAAUUCCAAGAGUAUGAUUCAAUUCCGAUAGUUUCAAGUAUAAAUGGAAAAAAUCUAACAUUAAUUACCUACUGAUCAAUUAAAUAAUUUCAUUACGUUCCAUAAACAGUUGAUUAAUUCCACUAUCAAGCGUACAGUUAUGACAGAAGAGUAGGUAAAAUAUUGGUAAAAUUAAUUGUGUGAUUAAGUAAUUAUCGGCUAUAAAUUCCAAUAAAUUCAUCCAAAUGAUGGCUGGAUCGGCAUUAAGAAGGCUAAUGGCCGAAUACAAACAAUUAACACUGAACCCACCAGAAGGGAUAAUAGCGGGGCCGAUUAAUGAAGAGAACUUUUUUGAAUGGGAAGCUCUAAUAGCGGGUCCAGAAGGCACUUGUUUUGAAGGUGGCAUUUUUCCAGCAAAGCUACUGUUCCCACCUGAUUACCCCCUGAGUCCACCAAAAAUGCAGUUCAUUUGUGAAAUGUUUCAUCCCAACAUAUAUGCAGACGGCAGAGUUUGCAUCUCGAUUCUUCACGCGCCUGGCGACGAUCCCACGGGGUACGAGAGCAGCGCAGAACGAUGGUCCCCGGUCCAGAGCGUGGAGAAGAUAUUACUAUCCGUCGUCAGCAUGUUAGCAGAGCCAAAUGACGAAAGCGGGGCGAACGUAGACGCAGCGAAAAUGUGGCGGGAAGAUAGAGAACAGUUCAAUAAGGUUGCAGAGCGAUUAGUACGAAAGACCCUUGGUUUAACAGCGCCCGAAUAGGAUCAGAUUGAUCUAUAGAUACUUUUGUCCGUCAAUAUACCCUUGAGCCUUGUGAGCCUUCAGUAAAAGUGGCGGUUUGUAUGUUGACAACAUUUAAUUUACAAUAAUAAUUUUAAUUAGUGACAUAUAUUGACAGUUUACAUAUUUUGACAUACCUAUUGAUAACUGUAUAAUGUUAAUCUUAGUAUGUUGACAGUAUUUAUUAUAAUGAAUAAUAAUUUAUUAGUGGCAUGCAUUGAUAUUUUAAAGCUUGACCAUAAAUAUAAAACUGGUACAUGGUCUAUGUUCACUAAGUAUAAUUAAUGAUCUUGUAUAAACUAGUGCACGGAUUUUAUUAUUUUAUUAUUUGACUAAUAUUUAUAUUAUAAAAUAAGAUAUGAUUUUUCGCAAAAUGGCGAGGUAUUUUAUUUUCCUGACCAGGUUUUACUAAGUAUUGUUUUCAUAAUGCCUUAUUCAUAGAUACCAAAUUAAUCUACAAUAAUAAUAAAAUUAGAGACCGGAUUAUAUGCAACAUAAAAAGCUUGUUAGGUAUAUGCAUACAAAUAUGCAUGAAAAAUGCUUGAAAUAUCCACGAAAACUGGCAGAAUAUGCCAAAUUAAAUGAUAAAGUUUAGGAAUCCCCAAAAAAAAGAGAAAAGUAAGUAUUCAUUUUUUUAAUUUCAAAAUCAGCAUACAAUUAGUAAAUUAUUUUUUGAUAGGCGAUAAUAGGUACAGUAACAUUAUAUGACAUUAAAAUUAUUUAAAUUUUUUGUAAACGUAAGCAAUCAAAUAUUUUACUAAAUUCUCAGUGGUAAGAUUGUGUCUACGAUCAUUCAUAAUAACAAUCAUAAUCAUUUGUUUGCUCAAAUGUAGGUUAGCAUAGAUUUUACAAUUUAUUUUACCACUUGCCGUGUAAUGGCGUGCAAAUAUUUUCAUUUUUUUUCUCUCUCGUCUGGCUUUACAAAGAUUAGCCAAU